AUGUCGAGUGAUGAGUUGCUCGAUGAGGUUGAGCGAGCGGCGACGCCUGACCGGCAAAGAUCUCGUAAAAUCCUCCUUAAAAAACGGGUCGCUUCUCCAGCUUCUGGACGAAUCCCAGUAGGUCACGAACGGUGGCCCGUCCUAAGUAAGGCUGGGCGGGAGACUGGUGGAUCCUUGUGGAGUGCCAUGCCGCUCGGAGGAUGGGAAGAAUGCCCUAACCAGAAGCCUAUUAAUGGUCAAGAUGGUCUUAUAGGGAUAAACAGAUAUCAAGCAUGA